AUGGUGAAAGUUCCCUUGUAUGCGACCGCUGGUGUCGCGACUUCUUGUGUUGCGUUCCUUUUCGGAAUGGAUACGGGAAGUAUCGGUCCCAUAACGACCAUGUCCUCGUUCAAAGAUACGUUCGGCGAUUUCUCAGCUACCAUUCAUGGUGUGAUCGUCUCGACUAUCCUCAUUCCUGGAGCAUUGACAGCGCUCGUCGCUGGAGCUCUUGCACACCGUUUUGGGCAGGUUAGACUCAUAGCCAUUGGGUCUAUCAUCUUCGGUAUCGGCGCGGCUAUCGAAUGCGGUGCGCCGUAUCUUGGGGUGUUCAUUUUUGGACGUCUUAUCAAGGGUAUGGGUGAGGGGUUGUUCUUGAGUAAUGUUUAUGUGCAAGUUUCGGAAAUGUCACCCUCGAGAGUGAGAGGUAUCAUGACGGCCCUGCCGCAGUUUCUCAUCACUACUGGUAUUGUCACUGGAUACUUCACUUGUUACGGAACUUCAAGACUGGGCGAUUCAUCUGUUACAUGGCGUUUACCAUUAGCAAUCGUCGCAUUCCUCGGGGUCCUCCUGUCAAUGGUUGCUUUCAUCGUACCGCCUUCUCCACGAUGGCUCCUCUCCAAGGGGCGCAUCGAUGAGGCCAGAGUUGUAUGCAAACAACUCGGCAUCGACGAAGUCGAGGAAAAGGAACUUCUCGCUCAAAAUGGAGAUACACCUCUCGACGGCGAAACAACGCUUUGGCAAGAUAUUCAGCACACCUUCAAAGAUUUCCGCUGUGCCUUCUCAGCGCCAUAUCGCAAUCGUACAGCUUUUGCGUGCUUCCUAAUGGGCAUGCAACAGUUCAGCGGCAUAGACGGCGUUCUCUACUACGCUCCCAUCCUCUUCACGCAAGCUGGUCUCAGCGGCGAAAAAGCAUCAUUCCUGGCAUCUGGUGUUUCCGCCGUCGUUAUCCUCGCAGCUACACUCCCUGCUACAAUCUUUGCUGAUCGUUGGGGACGGCGCAUGCAGAGUAUUCUCGGCGGUGUACUAAUUGUUGGGCUGAUGGUGAUAAUGGGCUCGCUUUACGCCGCGGGACAAGUUCAUCCUGAGUAUGGACCUGGUCGAUGGGUUGUCAUUGUUUGCAUUUACCUGUUUGCGAUUGCGUUCAGCUUUACCUGGGCGAUUGGGUUUAGAACUUGGGUUGUUGAGAGUAUGCCUAGACGGACGAGGAGUAGUGCUUCUAGUCUUGCGCAGAGUUCGAACUGGACUGCCAAUUAUGUCGUCGCUUUGGUCACGCCUGUGCUGUUGGAUAAGUCAUCGUUUGGCGCAUAUUAUUUGUUUGCUGGCUGCAGUUUGGCGACUACAGUUAUGGUGAUUCUGUUCAUGGGUGAGACGAAGGGGUACAGUUUGGAGGAGAUUGAGAAGAGACAUGGUGGCGUGAAAGAGAAGAGCUUUCCGCUCAAUCUGUAG